AACAUUAAUCUAUUGAACAAAUAUUUUAAGAAAAAUGUUAUAUUCUAAUUCUAAUCAUGAAGAAAAUAGUGAUGAUAAAAGUGUCAUUAGAUGUAUUUUUUUCUCAGAAUUUCAUCACAUAGCAGGACCAAAAAUUACCUGUCAGGUUCCUGACAAUUAUGUUUCCAAGGAUAUAUUCGAUAAUGUUAGUGUAUAUAUCAUUCCCAAAGCACAACUUCAAAGGAGUACUCUCACAGUAACAUUAAGAGACUGCAAAAUUUUAGGAUUUCCCGUAAAGAUUGACAAUAAAAAGUAUGCUAGAAAUGCUUUCUAUUUUAAUUUAUGUUUUGUAUGUGACGCUGAAGCUCGAACAGUCCACUAUGAGCCGGUGGUGAAAAAGAUGUCUGAUUUUCUGAUGGCUUUAGAAGUGGAAAAUGGUUUUUUAUCUUCAGUCAGUGAUGAUAAAACUCGCCUUACUGAGAUGCUCAGACAAGUGAUGAAUGAUCUCAACAGUCAUAAUAUGUGCACUUUAACCGAAGGAACAAUGACAACUCAUCUGAAGGUGGUUCGAUUGGCAGCUGAACCUAAACCAGUUCUUGAUCAUCAAGUUCCAGUAUUUCUAGUGAAUCGUGAUACAUUCUGCAGUGAUCAAUGGGACCUUACAACUCAACAAGUAUUACCUUACAUUGAUGGAUUCAAUCACGUUGCUCGUAUUGCUGCUGAAGCUGAUGUAGAGAAUAAUCUUGUAAAAAGUUGUGUACAAAAUUUAGUCUAUUAUGGAGUAGUUACUUUGAUUCCUAUAUUUCAAUACUGUAAUGUUUAUACUACUACAUCCAAGCUUGGAACGUUAGCAGAAAAUUCAGAUUUACAAAGGAGAUGUGUCAAUUACGUAUCUAAAUCAUGCCGACAACCAGCACAUCUUCGUGAUAUUUAUAGAAUGUACGCAAGUAUGACGCAUGGAACGAGUGUAAGAGACUUAUGCCAGCGUUUAAAUCCCCAGAAUUUAAUGAUAAACGAAAGAAAGCUUGUGCAAUUCGGAUUAAUAGAAGGAUUGAUUCGAAGAGUUUAUAAAUAUCCAAUUUAUUUGAAAGGAUCAUUUAUUGAUAUUGACGAGAAUGGUGAAGACUGUAAAAGUGAUCCCAUUUAUAAAUAUUUCACAGGAGCUUAUAGCCUUGAUGAAAUUUGUUGUAAUACUGGUCAGUCAGUGGCACAGAUUGAUGAUAUCAUUGAGAAAGAUGCCAAUGUUGUUGUUUUAUUUAAAUAAAAGAUAUUUAAUGAAA